UCCUUUUUCUAUCUGCAGACUGCUAGUAGCUUCUGCACUGCAAGCUUUCUCUUUUGAUUCUCCCUGUGACUCCUGAGACUUAGUCUCCAACUCCGCUCCUAAAGGGAGAUGGCUGAUCUCAAUCCUACCUGGGAUGACCUAUAUGCAGAAUGUAGAAAUAUUCUUCCUGGUAUGUCUGUGGAACAAACUAAACAGAUUGAGGCUGCUAUCAAAGCAGGAAACUUCUUAGAAGCAGCUUCUGUGGUGCAGACAUUUAAGAAUUUGUCAGGCAUUGAGUUCAAUAUCGCCAUCACAGGGGAGCCGGGAUCUGGCAAAUCAUCUUUGGUCCAUGCCAUCCGGGGCCUGGAAGAUAAAGACAAAGAUGAAGAUGCUCCUGAAACGGGUGUGCUGAAAAAGACCAAAAAACCAGUACCAUAUUGGCAUCCUAUGUGUCCCAUAAUGCUUGUCUGGGACCUGCCCUCGAUCGGGACCACAGAUUUUCGGCCCGACGCUUAUUUGAGAGAAGUGAAGUUCAGCCGCUACGAUGUCUUCAUCAUCAUCGCUUCAGAGAGGAGCAGAUUCUGCCUCACCGAGCUGGCCCGGGAGCUCACCGGGAUGGGGAAAAAGUCUUACUUUGUGCGCUCCAAAGUGGACUUGGACCUGUUAAAUGAGAAACACAAGAAAAGCUUCAACAAGGAGACAAUCCUGGAUAAAAUUAGAAACGACUGCGUCAGCAACCUGUCCAGAAUAGGGAUGAGCUCCCCACAGGUUUUCCUUGUCUCGAAUAGGGAAUUUCAGAAAUACGAUUCUCCACAGCUGCAGAAGACUUUGCUAAAGGAACUCUACAACCACAAGACAGAGACGAUCAGGGCUACUGAAGCCCCCAGCAGCAGUGGGAUGAUGGAUGAUUCAAAAACUCACUGGGCAGAUUUGAUUUCAAAAUGGGGCAGGAAACUGCCCGGUCUGUCUGAGGAGGAAAUUAAAGAAUUCCAGACCGCUGCCAAAGCCGGAAACCUCUCAAAAGCCAUUUCUGUGGUAAAGAAGUCUGAUGAGUUGCUGAGAAAUACCAAGCUCAACAUCGCCAUCACAGGGAACUCAGGCUCUGGGAAGUCGUCUUUCAUCAAUGCCAUAAGGAGCUUGAAUGAUGAUGACAGAGGCGCAGCUGAGACUUGGGUGAAAGAAACAACAGACAAGCCAACUGCUUAUCCCCAUCUCAUGCACCCAAAUGUCACUAUGUGGGACCUUCCUGGGAUCGGAACAAUGAAGUGUCCAGCAGAAAAAUACAUAAAAGAUAUGAAAUUUGAUCGUUAUGAUUUCUUCAUCAUCAUCUCAGCCGGGCGCUUCACAGAGGCUGAUACCAAACUUGCCAAAGAAAUCAAGAGGAUGGGGAAGAAGUUUUACUUUGUCCGCAGCAAGGUAGAUGUGGACUUGGAUAAUGAACAAAGAAAAAGAGAUUUCAAUGAGGAGAAAACUCUACACAUAAUCAGAAGUGACUGCAUGGAGCAGCUGGAAGAAGCAGGCAUCGUCUUCCCACAGGUUUUCCUGCUGUCGAGAUGGCACUUUGACAAGUACGAUUCUCCCCAACUGCAGGAGACUUUGGCGAAUGAAAUCGACACUCACAGGAGACACGUUCUCAUCUGUGCCCUGCCCAGUACGUCUGAAAAAAUCUUGAAAAAGAAACAGAAGGCCCUGCAGGAACAGAUCUGGAAACAAGCCCUGAAGUCGUGCGCUGUCGCUGCUGUUCCUUUCCCAUUUCUCUCGGUUAAGUGCGAUGUCGACAUCUUGGUGGAGAACAUGAGGGAGUAUUGCCAGUGCUUUGGCCUGGAUGAUGAUUCCCUCAAAUCACUUGCUAGGCAGGUUGGGAAGUCUGUUGAUGAGCUGAAGUCUGUGAUAAAGUGCCCUCUGAUCAAAGAUAUAACAAGAGAUGAGGCUUUGAAGCGGCUCAGAGAGGCUACAGGGGAAGGUAUGAUGACCGCUAAAUAUUUUAUCAGUGUGGUACCACUGAUUGGUUCUGGGAUAGCGGCAAAGAGAUCUUACAGUGUCACCUAUGAAAUGCUACAUAGGUUUGUGGAUGAAGUUGCAGAAGAUGCUCAACGAGUCCUGAAAAAGGCUUUGGAGGGAGCAGAGAAUAACUAA